GCAUGGCCUUGAGGAAUAAUCGAGUCUUACCACGCUUGAUGAAUGCUGUAGGAAACGUAGCUACAACGGACAGAAUGACCACUCAGGAGGACAUUGCUUUGUGUCUGUUACAUCACAUCUGUUAUCCACACGACAAUGAACAAAUCACAGCUACCCCAUGGCAGCGGUACAGAGGUGACCAGCAGUCGACAUUGAUUAAUUUAUCUUUUCUAAUUGCACUGAUGUCAAAAGAAAGUCAAGAAAUAUGGAUCAGUGAUUUAACACCUUCACGUCCAAACGAGCUUGUUGUGAAUAAUGGUGCUUACAAGAUGAUAUUGCAAGCAUAUCCGAACAGAGGUGUUGUUAUAAGUAAUUCCUCGUUGGACAGUGAAGGGAGACAGCUUCCCCCUCAUGCUCGCCUACUCACUGUCUUGCUUCCUGCUGGUGGUCCCAAUAUUUACAAUGCUACCCUACAGCUUACCAAAGAGCUGGAAGGCAGAGAAGUUGUAUGCGACGAGAUUAUAUUCACUGUAGCAACAAAUCUCCCUAAUGGAAACCAAGUUCAUUUUCACGAAAAAGGGAAUAUUUUUUACAUUGAUUACCCGCUUCCAAAACUUAAACUUGCAGGAGUACUGACGCGACCUUUUGCAUGGGAUAUCAUAAUGCACUUUGAGAAACUGUCAGAUAAUGGGCAAUAUUCAUUGUACAGACAACACAGAAAGAGCUUGGAAAGGUGGGCCAAGACAAGACCCCAAUAUCAAGAUCUGGUUGCAAUGGUUCUGAACGAGGAAGGUGUGGCGUGCCUUAUCCGAAAUAGGCUCGAAGAAGGAGUUAAUCUCGCGAGAAAAGCCUGCCGUUUGUCCUCAUUCCACAACUGUGUGAACGACCGCACUAUCCGCGGUUAUGCAUCUGCUGUGUAUGCUGCUGCGGAACGAUUUUCUGGUAAUCAAGACGGUGCCAAAAAAUAUCUCCAAGAUGCUUUGGAGAUAUUUGAACCAAUGGAACCAUCUUCCUACACAUCAAUAACACUCUACAAUAUUGGUGCAAUAGCCAUGGAGAGAUCUGCCACCGUGGGAGUAAGCAAUGACGAGGAAAGAGAGGCAGAGAGUUUCCUCCAGAUGGCAGCCACGCACUGGAAUCAUCAAAACCUAAACACAACAGCUCGCAUGCUUCCUCGAGUGUACAAUCGAUUGAUUGGCCUGUACCUCAAGUCCUCUCCAAAUACAGCACCAAACCUUGACGUCACCGUAUCCCAAGACAACCUGAGACGUGCUGGCGAGGUAAUCAGGAGUUUUGAUGUCCUCCUUCCUCAAUGCUCCAAAUGGAUGAAGAGUACGUUUUACCUUGGCAAGGCAGAUCACUAUAUCAGGUCAAGAGAUAUUGACGACGGUUUAAGGGCUGCAGAGCAAGCCUUGGAUAUAUCCAGGCAGUCAGGAUUGCAGAGAGAAGCAGCAGGGGCAGUGAGCAGAGUGAAUCUGUUGAGAGAGCUUGAUAACCUCAGAAGACGACCCCCAAUUGUUCCUGAUUGUAUGGACUAGAAGCUACGUGGCAAUACAGCUAUAGUGUUGAAGUUCAUGAAGAAAUGGAAUUAAUUUAUUUGCUAGGAUCGUUGCUGUUUUUUCUUCUUUCUUUCUUUCUCUCCUCUCUUUUAAGUGCCACUGAGUCAACCUGCAGUCUAAAGCGGGUGAUAACAAAACACGAAAUCAUGAGCUGGUGGAUGCUUUUUCGAUACCGGCAUGCAUAUCACCUCACGGUAUUAUUCACUCUCUCAGCUAAUUUGGUGGUAUAAUUAGUCUAACUGAUUGCCUACAGAUUUUUUCCUGACAUUUCUAACAAAUGUUUGAAAGCAUUUGUCAAUAAAGGCAAGAUUAAAGUGCGAGCGUUUAUUAAAACUUAUAAAAGGAUUGCCCACAGAUCCGUUAUUCGGAAUCACAUGUAAGCUUCCAGAAAUACUUACUUUGCUAUUGCAUUUGUAAUCCAUUAGCUGAAAUAAGCUUUACAUGAGCCAAAAUAAAAAUGGA